AUGAAGCCCUCAACACUUGCUGUCGCCUCUGCCGGCACCAUCAUCACCGGUCUUCUGGCCUAUGCCGUGUACUUUGACCACAAGAGACAGACCGACCCCGAGUUCCGGAAAUCAUUGAAGCGCAACAACCGCAGGCUGGCGCGGGCCGUCAAGGAGGAAGCCGAAGCCCAGGGAGCUCAGUGGCGUGAAAACAUCAAGAAGGCUGUUCAGCAGGCAAAGGAUGAGGGUUUCCCGACAGACCUCGAGGAGAAGGAGGCUUACUUCAUGAGCCAAGUUGCGAAGGGAGAGGGCCUUUGCGCCGAAGACAAGCUCGAGGCUGGAUUGGCCUUCUACAAGGCGCUCAAGGUCUACCCUCAACCCAAGGACCUGAUCUCGAUAUAUGACAAGACCGUUCCCAAGGAAGUAUUGGAGAUCCUAGCCGAGAUGGUCGCUCUGGACCAGACCUUGAGGCUCGGCACAUUCACUGGCGAGGGUGGCAGUGCUGAUAGCCACGGUGUCGAAUAA